AUGAGAAGCCUGGCUCCGACUUUGGGCUCGGGAGCCGGAGCCGACCCUAAAAUUUCCGGCUCCGGCUACCGGCUCGGAGCCGGAGCCGCUCAGAGCCGGAGCCGCGAGCCGGCUCCGGAGCCGUGGCAAUCUCUGGUCAGGACCAAUUUCCUCAUUUUACGUGCUCUCUCGCCCAAAAGAUCGUUAAAAAUCUCAGCUCUCCUUGCAUAA